CCUUUGUCGGAAGAGGCCUUUGAUGGCACAGGAGCUAAUUCCUCUGCCUUCUUGCCUGAGGAACGCUCCCCGACCUUGGAAGACAGGCACUGGAGAAAGUUAUUACAAGCCCUAUCCACCCGUGCUGAUCUGGCGGCUGCCAAAAGCACCUUACAGGCCUCGAUCCGGGCUGACAUCCAGGCGCUGAGGGAUGACAUUCAGGGUCUCAAUGACUGUGUGGGACGUGUUGAGGCAUCCUGCGACCAACUCAG